AUGUUUGUGGAGCAGGAAGAAGAGAAAGGAGAAAAAGAGUGAAGGGAAAUUAGGUUUUAACAAAUUGAUUUAAAUGUACUUCUUGUCAAGCUUACUGUUUUUUUUCCAGGGAUUUCACAUGCUUUGUUCCUAUAAUUAUAGUUAUAGAUUAGAAUAAUGCCUUGCUGCUUUUAGUGGUUCAAUAUUUUUUUAAUGCUAUUUCAGGAGACAAGGAUAGGAAGAAGAGAGAUAUUCUAAACCAUACAGAGUUCCUGAGCUGGGAAUUCUGAAGAGAAAAAUAGGAAGGAGAGAGAGAUUUUGAACCUUGCAGAGUUACUGAGCUUGGAAUUCAGAGAAAAUAAUGAAUAAAGCGGGAGGAAGUGGGCCAACAGCGGCAGCAGCAGCUGCAGCUGCUCAGAAGCAGAAGAAUUUGAUGCAAAGAGUUGAAACUGAUAUUGCCAAUAUUGUCGACAAUUUUAGCCAACUAGUCAAUGUUGCCAGGGUGAGUGACCCACCUGUUAGGAAUUCACAGGAAGCAUUCACAAUGGAGAUGCGGGCAUCCAGAAUGGUUCAGGCUGGUGACUCUUUGCUUAAGUUGGUAUCCGAGUUAAAACAAACUGCAAUAUUUGCAGGAUUUGCUUCUCUUACCGACCAUGUAGAGCAAAAAACAGCUGAAUUUAACAAACAUACUGAGAAAACCGACCGCGUUUUGGCUAGAAUUGGAGAGGAGGCAUCUGCAAGUCUUAAAGAGCUUGAAGAGCUUUACUAUUCUUCAGAACGACGAAGCUAAAUUUAGCCCCAUUAGGGCCAUGGAAAAAAACUGGGAUUUUGUAUCACUUCUAGUUUAGACAAGUGUGUAGAAGUAGAAUCUCUGGUUCCCAGCAAUGUUUUCAGGCCCAAACCGGGUAUUGAUUUGGUGAAGAGACCGAUUUGAGUACUCGCACGGUCAAACUGAUGUGCUAUUUAAAUAAAUAUUAUAAGUAAAAUUUAAGACA